AUGGCUUCCGAGAGUGCUCUAUCAGAGAUCAUAGAAAGAGAAAGAAAAAAAUUAGUUGAAAUCCUCCAACAAGAUCCUGAUUCAAUCUUAGAUACACUAACUUCUCGGGGACUGGUUUCUGAUGAAGAGUAUGAGUCUCUGGAGAAUAUUCAAGAUCCUCUGAAGAAAAGUAGAAAGUUGUUAAUUUUGGUGCAGAAGAAGGGGGAAGUAAGCUGUCAGCAUUUUCUCAAGUGUUUGUUUAAUGCUUUUCCAGAGUCAACUUCCAUUCAGGAUUUAAGGCACGAAUUUUUAAAACAUGAGAAUAUAGAACCACCUCUUCAGUCCAUGGGUGUAGGCAAAUAUUCCGAAGAUUGUUUUUACCCUGCAGGAAAACAGUCUGAGAAUCCUGAGAUCACAGUUACCUUAAAAGAUAAAUAUGUAGAUUCUGGCAACUUCAAGGACAAUAAAAGUAUUUACAGGGAAACCGCUUUGUCCGAAAGAGUAAAUGAGAAGGAUUAUAACUCACCCCAAAUCACAGUGCCAUAUUUGGCUGAGAAUGUUGAAUAUGAAGUUCCAGCAACUAUUGAGUAUUUACAAGAUGGACAAAGAUAUGAACAGCCAGAUGAUUCUUUAUACUUAGGAAAAGAGGACUACCUAGGAACUACUGAAUAUUCUGAAGAUGCAGACACCACUGUGGAUGAAGAGAAUAAUGAUAACCUAGAGAACAUUGUCUAUGAUGGUGAAGAGGACUCUGCAUAUUCAGAAACCACAGAGUACUCUGAUGAACAUUGUGAAGAAUCAGAACACAGCAUAUCACUGGAGGAGGAGGAGAAACGUAUAGAAGAGAGAAAAGAGGUGUUUAAAGAAGUCCUGUCAUGUCUGAACAUAGAUAGGAGCAGAAAGCUUCUGCCAGAUGUUAUCAAACAAUACUCCUUAGAUCGAGGGGAGAAGUGGAUACCUAAGACUCCAGGAGACUUAGUUUGGAAUUUCCUGAUGAAAGUUCAGGCACUGGAUGUGAAGGCCAGAGAUUCAGUACUCACCCUCAGGGCUCUGGAUGAGGACAGCAAAGGGGACUUGUUGACCGCAGAGGAGAAUUUGGAAAUCAGAGGUAUCCAAGCCAUUAACCCCCUUGACGUCCUUUGUGCUGCUAUGCUGUGCGCUGAUGGUUCUUUGCAACGUGAAGUCAUGUCAAACAUGUAUCAGUGCCAGUUUGCUCUCCCCCUGCUGCUGCCAGAUGCAGAAAAUAACAAAGUCAUCUUAAUGCAAGGAGCCAUGAGAGGCAUCGUGAAGGAGUCAGCACAGGCAUCCGGAGGGCCUCCAGAGGAUACAGAGAAGCUUCUGGCACACACAAAGAUGCCUGUUAUUUCUUUUGUGCGUCUAGGCUACUGUAGCUUUUCCAAAUCCAAAAUCCUCAAUAGGCUGCUUAGCUCUGCUGGACAGAAAUCACACGAAAUCUUUCUCCAUUCGGAUUUGCCAGCUCAGGUACUUCCCCGGCAAAUCUCUGAUGGCCUGGUUGAGAUAACAUGGUGUUUCCCUGACAGCGACCAUCUAAAGGCAAACCCUAGUUUUUUUCAAAAGCCUGUUGCUCUAACCAACCUUCAUGGAGAUCUGGAAAGUUUUUGGACACAGUUUGGUUUCUUGAUGGAAAUUUCCUCAGCUGUGUUUUUUUUCACUGACUGCCUAGGUCAGAAGGAAUGGGACCUGCUAAUGUUUUUAAGUGAAGAAGCCAUCGACAGAUGUUAUUUUGUCCUCAGUGCCCAGGCCAGGGAGAGUGAAGAGGCUGAGAUUUUCCAGAGAAUCUUGAAGUUGAAGGCAGCACAGCUACUGUUUUGGGAGGAGGAAGGGGCUGAGGAGACAGGGAAGAACAUGGAAUUUCUGCAAGCUGCCCUCCAGGAAGUGAUGUCCUCUUCACUUACAUGUGUGUCACUAGAGGACAUGGCCUCUCUGGCCUGGGAGUUGGGGGUUCAGGUAGACCAAGACUUUGAGAAGAAGGAAGAAAUUCCUAUUGUCCUUAGUGAGGGUGUGGCUGCAAUAGAUGAAGAUGAGAAAGAACAAAGACAUGAUGAGUCACAAAGUCCAUCUGAAAGUUCAGUUGAGAUGCCUGCAAAAGAGCCUUGUGGUCAAAAUGUCCACAUUAUCCAAGUAUUCAUGCCUCAGCUGGCAAUCUCCAAUCCUGCACCACCCAUACCAGGAGGUAACCUUAACUGUGUUUCCUGGCGAGCCCCCAGGGCCAUGGGCUCCCCCUUUUGGUCAGGCCAGAGGUCAAAGUGGUUCCGGCCUUUGCCCUUUCAGAAUCCAAGGGCCCCCAGUCAAGGUAAAUGUUUUGGGAGAUUUUACUCAGGUAAAAGUUUCAUAAAAUUUCCCCAACCUGAUCAGGGAUGUCACCAGACAGGAACCUUUGAGAGGCCACAAAGACACGUCUCUCAACACACGCAAGCCUGGCUUAAGAGACCACCCACAAUGGGAGCUCUUCAGUGGUCUGAGGCAGCAGUUCCACAGGUGAGACACUCCCAUUUCCAAGGUUCUCAGCCUGCAGGAGCAACUGGAAAACAUACGAGAACACCAUACCAUAUUAAACCUCAUCCUCCAGCCUUCUCACCAGCCCAAAGCAAAUUUGGACCCAGGUUUGAGUUCAAAUCUAAUCAGCCUAAGCCACCCCAGGUGACGCACCCCCAGCAUAAACCCUCCCAACCUCAACCCACUCAAACAAAACCCACUCAGUCCCAGCUCUCCCGCACAAAGUAUUUUCCAUUAAAACCUGCUCAGCCAAAGUCAUGCCAGCCCCCGUCCUCCCAACCUAAGCCUCCUCAGCCCCUGUCCUUCCAAUGUAAACCUCGUCAGCCCCCCUCCUCCCAACCUAAGCCUCCUCAGCCCCCGUCCUCCCCAUCUAAGCCAUCUCAGACUCAGUCUUCCCAAUCUAAACCUUGUCAGCACCACCCCACCCAUGCUAAACCCUCUUCAUCUAAAUGUACCCAGCACCACCCAUGUGGCAGCCAGUCCUCCCAGCCUAAGCUUUCUCAGCACAGACCCACCCAACCCAAGUCAUCAAAGACGAGUCCUUCACAGGCUAAGGCAUACUACCGAAAAGCAGGGCCAACGAGGGUAGGGAAACGUUAAACUUUACUUCAGAAACCUGUGGAGCAUGUCCUUGCCCAGAUAUUCCUGAAGAAGAGUUGCAAUGAUGGUCAGCAACUGUCUUUAGCAAGACACAGACAAAAAGAUAU